GAUCUUCAAGUCGACGUCACAAACAUCGUAGCCAUGACUACCGACGUCACUCUGACGAUGAUCGCUCGCCGUCCAAUCACAGAUCAAGCAGAAGGUACUCUCGUAAGACGGAAUCACGUGACAGUAGUAAAACUUCGAAGAGGAAAAAAGAGAAAAGGAGACGUAAAUCUAGAUCAAAAUCCCGGAGUUCUUCUAAUCGAUCAUCAUCCGAAAGAGAGGAAAGCCAAACAAAGCAUUCCAAGGUUCGCCACCGAGAGAAGUCACGUGGAGGGUCAUCAGAAGACACAAGUGACGUCACACCCACCCAUAGUACAAGUAAGUAGGCCGUGCAUCGCAGCUAAAUAAUGCAUGAUCGUUACG